UGAAGUCUCCUAGUUGUCCGUACUGGAGAGUCUAGACAACUCCACUCAAUCAACGAGUCCUCAAAUCUCCAACUCCUUUUUCCUUUCAGUCCAAAAUCAAACACCUGGUGGGUCUUCAUGAUUUCUCCUCAAUCUUUUUCACAUAAUUCAGAAUUACCCAUCAAGACAAAGCCAAGUAGUUUGAUAUUUUUCAAGUUGAUAAUUUUGUAGAGCAGUAGUAAUGAUAUUACCAGUAGCAAAGCUAGGAACACUUGCCUUAAAGACAAUCUGCAAACCCAUUGCUAGACGCAUCAAGAAAGAGGCUACCUUUCACCCUCAAUUUAGAUUGUUCAUCACCAAUAUUGCCCAGGCAAACCACAGAUUAACAACAACUAUACAGAGGCAAAUUUAUGGACAUGCGACAGACGUUGCAAUUCGCCCUCUGAAUGAAGAAAAAGCUGUUCAAGCUGCUGCUGACCUGUUGGGUGAACUCUUUGUUUUUGCGCGUGUAAUUGAUUUUUCUACCCCGUGGUUUGACUUGCUCUCAAUUUGCUCUGUUUGUCAGAAGUUAGGGGCUACUGCUGCUGCUGCUCCCCCAUUGCCUCCGCCACUGGUGAUGGAUGUUGUGAGUUGUGACUCAACUAUAUCCAUGAAUCACGUGAAAGAGUGCAACUUGUAG